UGGGCACAGGUGGGUGGCACUGGUGGGCACAGGUGGGUGGCACUGGUGGGCACAGGUGGGUGGAACUGCUGGGCACAGGUAGGUGGCACUUCUGGGCACAGGUGUGUGACACUGCAGAGUGGCACAGGUGGGUGCACUGCUGGGCACAGGUGGGUGCACUGCUGGGCACAGGUGGGCGGAACUUGCGGGUGGCAUUGCUGGGCACCGAUCAUCAGGGCACUGAUCAUCAUUGCCCUGAUGAUCGGUGCCGAUCCCCGCUCUGACAACUGCCGGUUCUCGGCAGUACUUUCCUCACGAUCUGACAGCGUGAGGAAAGUGCAGCCGAGAACCGCAUUUGCA